AUGGGUCUUGAGAUCCACUCUGAACUUCUGGCGGAUCUGGACAACUUUGAUGGGGUGGCAGAGAUUUUCAACAAACUGUUUGACGACAAGGGAGAGCGCUCCUCAAUGAAUUUUGAAAACAGAUGGGUCUUGAGAUCCGCUCUGAACUUCGCAAGUGAUGGAGAAAUAGUUAGAGAAGUAGGUAGAGAGUUCCAGAGAAAAGGACCAGAAAAAGCAAAAGCAGAUUUGGCAAAAGAGUGUUUAACACGAGUUAAGAAAAAGCGAGAAGAAGAAGACGAUCGUAAACCGGGGCGUUUAGUUGCUGGGAAUCUACCCGGCACGGACAACGCAGUGGAGGGUUGGCACAUAUGGAGAUUAAUUGAUAACUUGAGAACUGAACUUCUGCUCAGUAAGCUAUCGAACACCUCAUUCAAGGUCGACAAACGCCCGCCAGCAAUAAAAUCUAUAAAGAUCUUUCGGCCAGAAUCGCGGCAGCUGUUGGCAACUAUACCAUGA